AUGAAUAAUACAGAAGUACAUGAUACAGUGCAAGCGGCUAAUAUAUACCUUAGCCGAUUAAAAUAUUUAAAUAGCGAAUUGGACCACGCAAUGAAACAAAUUCUAAGUACAUUUGAAGAAACAGAAGCCAAUGUCAGCAAAACUUUUUGUAACUUUAAAGAAGUUUUUAUUGAAGCCCUUAAUAAAAGAGAAAAGUUCCUCUUGGACAAAGCCAAAAAGACAAAAAUUGAAGCCCUGGCUCCUCUAAGAGAAUGCCGCAGUAUGAUUUUAGAUAAAAUUGAAUCUACAGUUAAAUUAAUUAAUACGGGCUCUGCAAUAAUUAGCUCGGAAUUUAAAAACAUUGAAAUAUUUUCAAAAAAUGCAAGCUUAUUGGGAACUCUUCCUGAAGUUCCGGAGCUGAAAGAAGUGCCUUAUAUAAGUUUUAGUUAUGAACCAUCCCUAGAAAUUGAAAUAGUGGAUAAAUUGUCAGAGCUAGGAGAUAUUUAUAAGAUUCCUCCAGUACAGUUUUAUUUCUCCAACCAAAGACAAACUGGACCUAUAUUUUAUGUGGAGUCAACAAGAAUAACAAGAAAACUUGAUUCUGACACAGUUACAGAAAUUACUCCCAGAGAGAAAAAGAUAAUCCCUCUGCUAAAACAGUUGGUUAUAAAGCACAAAGGAAAUGGAAAAAGAAAUAAAGUUCGAAAAAUUGCUGAUUCUCUUGAAACUCCAGUACCAAGCAAAAAUACAAAUACAAAGAAACGUAAAGAGUCAUUGUCAUCAUCUGAUGCAAGUGAAACAGAAGUACCUUAUGCUGAGACUGAUGACAGUUCAUGGCAUGAACCAGUAGAAGAAGAGCUAGAACAACUAGAGGCCGCAGAAAACCACAAACUCCAGCAGGGGAAAUUUAUAUUGGUAAAUUCAAGGCUGACAACAUCUUACAGAUAUCUUUGUAUGAUUGAAGAUAUUGAUUGGGAUGAAAAUGAAAUUAAGAUAGCUGAAUUAACAGAAAAACCUGGAGCAGUUUUAGUAGAAUGGAAAGUUGUGGUUGAUAAUGAAGAAAAGGUGACUGAUAUAGAAGAAUUUAGACUUCAAAAGGCACUAGGAAACGUGUACGAAGAUAAACAUUUAGUUGUCAAUUUUCACGAUACUUACAAGGGACUAGAUUACCAGUUCCUCCAAAAAGAUCUCAAAGCCAACGAACAGUAUUCCUUUAGAGUUUGUUGUAAAUUCGAAGGUACAACCGAGUGGUCUCCAUGGUCUCUGCCCCAAGUAGGUUCUACUAGUCUUAAACACUUUUCCUGGCAAUUUAGUCAAGAUUAUGAGUUAACAAAUGAAUUCAAAGUGGCCAAACCGAAAAGAGAUGACAUGGAUAUGUUGUAUUCAGAAGGUGCUCAAUUUUCCGCUGGACAUGCGAUUGAUUUUAUGGUGUUGACACAAUUAUUAGCAUAA